AUGCCAGCACCAGCACCGACGUAUGCGGCGCCGCUGGCUAACACGCGCAACGUGACGAUUGUUGCGCACGUUGACCACGGCAAGACCUCCUUUGCUGACUCGCUCCUGUCGUCCAACAACAUCAUCUCCACCCGACUCGCCGGCAAGCUCCGUUUCCUCGACAGCCGAGAAGAUGAGCAGGAGCGCGGUAUCACGAUGGAGAGCUCGGCGGUCAGCUUGCGAUUCGACAUGAUGCGACCAGGACCAGACGGAAAACGACAUGUCGACUUUGCAUCCGAGGUCUCCACGGCAUCGCGACUGUGUGACGGUGCGCUCGUGCUCGUCGACGUUUGGGAGGGCGUGUGCACGCAGACCAUUGCCGUGCUGCGACGAGCGUGGAUCGACCGUCUCCGGCCACUUCUCGUGAUCAACAAGAUGGACCGCCUCAUCACCGAGCUUCAGCUUACUCCCCUGGAAGCGUACCACCACAUCGCGCGUCUGAUCGAGCAGGUGAACGCCGUUAUGGGCUCGUUCUUCGCCUCGGAGCGUAUGGAGGACGACCUGCGAUGGCGCGAGGCGCGUGAGAAGCGUCUCGCGGAGCGUGCUGAGGCUGCUGCCAACGGGGAUUUGACUGACGACGCCCCCGAGGAGGAGUUCGAAGAGCGCGAGGACGAGGAUAUCUACUUCUCUCCCGAGCGGGGGAAUGUCCUCUUCGCGAGUGCCAUCGACGGUUGGGCGUUCCGCCUCGGCAAGUUCGCUCGCCUGUAUGCCGACAAGCUCGGAGUCAAGGAGGCCAACCUUCGUCGCGCACUCUGGGGAGAGUGGUACCUCGACCCGAAGACGAAGCGCGUCGUUUCCCGCAAGGGUCUCAACGGACGGCCGCUCAAGCCGCUCUUCGUCCAGUUCGUGCUCGAAAACAUCUGGCGUGUCUACGACACCGUUCUCGAGCAACACCAAUACACGCCCGAAGCUACCGAGAAGAUUGUGAAGGCGCUCGGCGUUCGCGUCGCCCCCCGUGAGCUCAAGAGCAAGGACACCCGCCCACUCCUGACCACAAUCAUGCAGCAGUGGCUACCCCUCAGCACGGCGACAUUCCAGGCCGUCGUCGACGUCAUCCCCGCCCCGGAUGCUGCCCAGGCUGUCCGAUGCCCCUUCAUGCUGCACCCCGAAGAGGCUGCUGCCUCGUCCACGCCUCUCCAGCCCGAGAACAACACCGAGGAGGCGCUGUACAAGUGCGACCAGUCCGACGCCGCGCCCAUGGUGACGUAUGUCUCCAAGAUGUUUGCGGUGCGCCGCUCCGAACUGCCCGAGCACCGGCCGCGCGAGAUGACUGCUGAGGAGAUGCGUGAGCGCGGCCGUAUCGAGCGAGAACGUCGUGCCGCUGCCGCCGCCGCGGGAGCCGACAAGACCGCCGAGGAGCUUGGACGCCCGCUGCAGGAACUCUCGCUGGAGGAGUCGGCGCCGGACCACAUUGCGGCGCAGGAGGAGGCGAAGCAGGACCAGGACGGUGAGGUCCUCCUCGGCUUUGCGCGUGUGUUCGCGUCCACGCUACGCCGCGGAGACGAGGUCACUGUAACUCUGCCGAAGUACGACGCCUCCCUUGGCCCGAACCACAAGCGCAACGCACGCUGGGUGCGCACCGCCCGCGUCGGCGACCUGUACAUGAUGAUGGGCCGUGACCUUGUUUCCGUCGACUUCGUGCCCGCCGGCCAUGUCUGCGCUGUCGGCGGACUCGAGGGUGUGGUGCACCGUGCCGGCACGCUGAACGCGCGCACGGCCGAGCCCGUCAACCUUGCCAGUGUGAACAUGGGCGGUGCGCCCAUCCUCCGCGUUGCUGUCGAGCCCGUCAACCCCUCCGAGAUGCCCAAGCUCGUGGCCGGUCUGAAGGUGCUGAACGCCUCCGACCCCUGCGCCGAGUACCUCGUGCAGGAGACGGGUGAGCACGUCAUUUUGACGGCGGGCGAACUGCACCUCGAGCGCUGCGUGCGCGACCUGAAGGAGCGCUUCGCCAAGUGCGACCUUACCGUUUCGGAGCCGAUCGUACCCUUCCGCGAGACGGCGAUUAAGGCGCCGGACAUGGCUCCGCCGAAGGAGGGCGGCGCGCGCGGUACGAUCACGAGCGCAAUCUACGACGGCCUCGUCGAGAUCCAGGUCCGCGCCGUUCCUCUGCCCGAGAACAUCACCGAGUUCCUGCUCGCGCACCAGUCCACGAUCGCGAGCAUGUUCACAAAGGCGAAGCCGGACGCCGGCAAGAAACCCAAACCCAGCGCCGACGGCACCGACACGCCCAAGUCCACAGCCGAGGAGGACGACAGUGACUCCGAAGACGAAGAUGAGGACGCGACCGUCGAGGAACGCAACGAGGAAACGCGCUCGAUGCCCGUCGACGAGUUCUGGACCCAGCUUUCCGCCCUCUUCGACAAGGCUGGUCCGGACUGGGCCGGUGCGGCGGAUAGGAUCUGGGCGUUUGGACCCCGCCGCGUCGGCGCCAACGUCCUCCUUGACCCUGUUGGAUCAUCCAACGCUCGCCUGCGUAAGCGCGAGGCGCUCUUCGCUGCGGCCCGUGAGCGCGGCCAGUCUGCGGCUGAGGCGCUUGCGUCAGCCCAGGCUGCCGGCGGCGCGGGAGGGGUCGAGAUGGUUGGCGACGCCGAGGCGGAGGGCAAGGACGAGGCGCGGAUGGCGCGCGACUUUGACCACUCCCUCGAGGCUGGCUUCCAGCUCGCAAACUUGCAGGGCCCGCUGUGCGCCGAGCCCGUCGUGGGUAUGGCCUACAUCGUCGAGCACGUGCGGUAUGACCCUUCCAAGUCGACUUCCACGUCCUCGCACGCCGUCAUCGGCAGUCUCAUCUCUGCCGCCCGCGACGCGUUCCGCCAGGGCCUGCUCGACUGGUCUCCCCGUCUCAAGCUGGCCAUGUACGCGUGUGAUGUGCAGGCCUCCUCCGACGUGCUGGGCAAGGUCUAUGCCGUGCUGAACCGUCGCCGCGGCAAGAUCACGAGCGAGGAGAUGAAGUCUGGCACCGACUUCUUCACGAUCCACGCCGAGAUGCCUGUCGUUGAGAGUUUCGGCUUUGUCGACGAGAUCCGCAAGAAGACCUCGGGAGCGGCUCAGCCGCAGCUCAUCUUUGCUGGCUUCCGCGAGAUUCUCGGCAUUGACCCCUUCUGGGUGCCUACCACGCAGGAGGAGCUCGAGGAUCUGGGCGAGAUUGCGGACCGCGAAAACCCCGCUCUCGCGUACAUGGAGCAGGUUAGGCGCAGGAAGGGUCUCGAGGUUAGGAAGAGGCUCGUUGUCAGCGCCGAGAAGCAGAGGACUCUCAAGCGUUAG